UUGUGUAAUUAUAAUGGUGGCAGUGGUGGCUAGAGGGGCAUCCGUAGCUACGAACGAUAUAAGAGGAGCCCUGGAGCAGGUGGGCGUGGAUGUGGGCAUGAUGGUGGGACAGGUGGUGGAGCACCAUCUUACUGGCUGCCACCUGGUGAUCGCUACUACACCUCACUCACUCAUUACCUCAGUUAUAAUCAGAUACCUGAGUAAGAGCGUAGUGGCUGGGAUGGUGAUGGACACAGAAUGGGUGUUCUCCCAGGACAAGUUGGUCCAGGACCACCACCUCCAGGGGCUGUGGGGCGACACCAGAACCACCUGCCGGGGACUCAUCCUCGACCUCACCACAACUAACAGUACCACCAAUGCUCUCAAGUUGGCAGAGGCAGCAGGACUGUGGAAGUUAGCAGAGACUCGUGUGAUAGUCUUGGGAAGGAAAAGCACACAAGUGAAGGAUGUGCUUCUCCGCCGUAGUCUCCGCAACACCCUCCACGCCCUCUAUCUGGCCCUCCAUGACCCACGACACCAAUACUCAAGCCUCAGGAAGAUCUUUACGGAAGAUGUGUGUGGAGCAUUAGUGAGCAGUGAUGUGUGGGUGUACCGGCGGUGUAUGUAUUGCAACAACGGGGAAGCGGACGUACAGGUCAUCAAUCACUGGGUCAUCACGCCAAACAUCAACGACAUUCAUGAACUCUUCCAGGAACAAGUGCAAACACUGCUGGGCCACAAGCUUCGUGUAGUAGCUGUGCCACACUUUCCCUACAUGGAUUUUGAGCUGAACACCAGAAAUCCAGGUGGUAUAGUGAUACAGAAGGAUGCCAUAGAUACCAGACUAAUUAACACAUUCUCAGCAGCACUCAAUUUCACCUUUGAGAUUCGAGCAGAACCAAAUUUAUCAUGGGGGCUGCAGGAGAACGGCGUCUUCACGGGGAUGAUGGGUCAGCUCCAGCGGGAAGAAACAGACUUCAGUACCAUAGCUGGUCCCUCCCCAGAGCGUCUGAAGGUCGUGGAGUUCCUCAGGGGAUAUCCCUCAGACCCAAUGACUGUAAUAUCUCUGAAGCCUUCACUGUUACCGGAAAACCUAUCGCUGAUAAGACCGUUUACAGGGGAGCUUUGGCUGGCGCUGCUGGUGAGCGUUGGGAUGUGGGGCAUGAUCCUCUGGUUGCUACAGUUGGCGUGGCAGCGGUGGGUGCCGGAUGGGAGUGCAGUUAGCUUCAGCACGGCUCUCUUGUAUGGCGUGGGCGCCCUCUUGGAGCAGUCACCUCUUGAACCUUCAGUCCACGUUUCAGGAAGAGUGUUGAUGGGGUGGUGGUUGGUGUUCUGUCUAGUCAUCACUAAUGGUUACCGUUCGUCACUGAUCGCUCAUAUGACCAUUCAUGGAAAAACCAAGCUUAUUGAAACCUUCGAUGACUUGGCAAAGCUGAAGAAUUGGAAAUGGGGCACUGAACCCUGGCUCCUUCAAGGGGUACCUUUAGAAUAUUUCUCCAAGCAUCCUGACCCUGUUAUCCAAGACAUUUUUAAGAAAAUGGAGAAAUUAUCAAAGGAAGAGGCGCUGAAGAAGGUCCUGGAGGGCCACUAUAGUCUUAUUUUCUGGGAGAAUAACCUCUUCAUUACUAUCGCCUCCCACUACACUGACUCCCACGGCAACACACCAUACUUUAUCAGCAAGAAAGGUGUCUCCAUAAUGGCUGCCUUUGGAUGGGGCUUCAGGAAAGGCGCACCAUUUUAUCAGCGAGUUCAUGAACUCAUGUCACGACUGGAAGACGCUGGCUUUAUCAGCUACUGGCAUCAGGAAGUGAUAGCCAGGCGCGUGAGGGAGAACAGGGCAGCAGCUGCCCUCAGUCCUCAAAUAGCCGUAGGGGACGCUGGAACGGACAAGAGUGAAGUGGUGCUUGGAAUGCAACACAUGCAGGGAGCCUUCUACCUUUUGUUUCUGGGAUCCUUUAUCGCCAUCCUGAUCCUAGUCAGCCUAAUGGAUAGGCGAAUAAACACGCCAGCCUUGUUAGCUGAGCGAGCAAGGAUCGCAAUGUUUAUAAUUAUCACGCAUUUUCUUUUGUCUCAGGCAAAGAUGGACACACUGAUUUAUCAUUUAGUGAUGAUGGUUAUCGCACCGACGCUCCCUACUGCCGUAGCUAAUCAGGAAGCGGGUGGAGCAGUUAAGCAGGUGGGCGUUGAUGUCGGCGUUAUAUUAGAUCAGGUGGUGGAGCAUCAUCUUACCGGCUGCCACCUGGUACUCAUCACUACACCAUAUUCACAUAUUACUUUUUAUAUACUCAGAUUUCUUAUAGAGAGUGGGAAUGCUAGAAUAGUCGUGGAGGCAGGAUCCAUGUUUUCCAAGGGCCAGCUGCCACGGGACCACCACCUCCAGGGGCUGUGGGGCGACACUAGAACCACCUGCCGGGGACUCAUCUUUGAUCUCACUGGCACCAACAGUACCUCCUCUGUUUUCGGGCUGGCAGAGGCAGCAGGACUGUGGAAGUUAUCACGUACUCGUGUUGUGGUUGUUGGAGGGAGAGCAGGAGUGCAGGAUACGCUCCUUCAUCACAGUCUCCGUAAUACUGUCCACGCUGUCUACCUGGCUCUCCAUCAUUCAUUACUACACACCCACUUUCACCCUAGGAACUUCCACAGGCAUGAUGGUCUGUACACCAAUAUUUUUGAAAAGUUUCUCUAAAAGUAAUCACAAUGUAACCCUUUCCUUAUUUAUUUCU